CUGUAUACUAUUUCGGUUCUUCCUCGUCCGGCCGGCGCCUCCCUCAUCUUUCACUUCUCUUCUUGGACCUGCUUGUGGAUCCUCCGUCGGGCGUCCUCGUCGCCGCCUGCAACUGCGUUCUUCAUCAUCAUCAUCUUCUUCUUCCUCCGUCAUUGUUUUCCGUCUUCCUCCGUCGUGUGUUCCCCAUCCUUGUCGUGCACACUUGAGCUUCACCUUGUCAACGUCAAUACUCGUUCCUCGCUUCCUUCCCAAAGAACUAAGUCAGGCCCUUGGGUUUGACAAAAAGGCAGGUUAUUUAGUCAUCCUCUACUUUCCUGUCCGACUAAUCAGAUUUGCAGCCUAAUUUUCACAAUGACUGAGGUUUCCCCCUUUAUGGACAAUUAAGCUGUCCAAAAUUUGUACCUUUAAGAUUAUGACAUCUAUUGGGUCAGCCAGGGCAAUAAAUGGUGUGACUUCUGCAAGAUCUAUAUAUCAAAUAAUCCAGCUAGUAUUAGGAAUCAUGAACUUGGUGAGCGUCAUAAAGAUAAUGUUGCUAAGAGACUUGCUACUAUGCGAAAAGAGAGCGCUGCUAAGGAGAAAGAACAGAAAGAAACAGCACUCGCCUUGGAGCAAAUUGAAGCGAAAGCACAGCGUAGCUAUCAGAAGGAUGUAGCGAAGUUUGAAGCAGCUAGAGAAUCACAAGCACCAGAUUUCCAAGGGGAUGGUCAAGAAUGGGAAUUCGACAGUGGUUCAGGCUAUUAUUACCAUCAGACAAAUGGUUUCUAUUAUGAUUCAAAGUCAGGAUUCUACUAUUCUGAUGCCAUAGGCAAGUGGGUGACUCAGGAAGAGGCGUAUGCGUCACCUCACUUUUCUUCUAAUGCUGGGCACAAGGGACCCACUGUUAAAAAACCAACGUCAGCUUCACAAUCCAAAUCAGUUGAAGAUAAAGGCGCAAAUAAGUCUCAAAGUGUACCUGCACCUGGACCUGUAGUGUCAACUUCUUUGAACCUGAUGAGAUCUACGAAAGCAGCACCUUCAUCUCUUGCUGUGGGAAAGAGAAAGAGAGCACCAGAUGCAAAAUCCAAGGUUAUGUCCGAAGAAGAAAAGGCAGCUCUCAAGGCAAGAGAGGCUGCAAGGAAGAGAGUUGAAGAGAGGGAAAAACCUCUGCUUGGGCUCUACAGCAAGCCUUACUAAGCAGGGAGAAUACUCUGAGCCGCUUGGUUUUAAUGGUUAUAAUUCUCACAGAACUUCAACCGGACUUUUCUUAUUAAAAGUGAGAAAUCACCAAUGGCAUAUACAACAUCUGAUGAGGUAGAGCACUAUAAUUCAUGGUUGAAGUUGUGGGCUCUUUCUACCCAGAUUGUCUCAUUUCUUCCUUUUAACUUGGGUUGUUGUCCAUGAGGAUACUCUGAUUCCUUGUGCUUGUCCGGUGACUGCGCCCUGUAUGCUAAAGUGUGACUUAUGCUUCAUUCUUUUGCAGUACAUGUCAAAUUUUCAGUUCUAGGGUGAGGAAAGACUUCUCACAAGGACUGGUAAAAUAGAUACAAUCGUGAUGCACAUGCUUGGUUCAGGGCAAAGUAGUUGUUGCAAGGUAACUUUACUUUUAGAAGCCUACGAAGGGGUGUCUAGGUUAAUUUUUUGAAAGUGAUUCUAAAGUGUACUAGGUAAGUGUACAAGAGUAGUUUUUUUAUAUGAAAGUGUUUCUGAGAUGCUAAUUCAAACAAGCUCGAGCAAUGCAUAUGCGAGCUUUGGUUAGGUCUCAGAAAUUAAGCCACGAUUAAAAUGAAUGUUCUCCACAAAAGCAAUGACAUGAUAUCUUAGUGACAUUUUUUUAAUAAUCAAAACAGGAAGGCCAUGGCAUGAA